AUGGCCUCUCGAGCACCAAGACAGCUUUUUGCUUCAUUUCAACGCGUCUCUGCGCGCUCAGCAAAGACAAAUGUUUAUUCAAGAGUACAUACAUUCCGUCGUGCUAUGAGCAGCUCGACCGUUGAAGCAGCGAAGAAAAGCUCUGACAUGCCAUGGAUUAUCGGCUCGGCUAUCCUCUUUGGUCCUGCCUUCCUCUACUUGGUGUCUCCUGCUUCCAGGAAAUCUGCCCCUCACCAUGACUCUCACGGGAAACACGAGAAGAAGGCUCAAGAGCACGAGCCCGUGCUGGUGAAAGACGACGAAGGAACUGAAGCUGAUGUAUCCGAGUCUCUGCAAAAGGCUGAAGCCGAAGACGUUCCAAAGGCCGAUUCAGCUGACAAGGAAAAAACAUCGGAAGAACCUGCCCAAACUCCCACUGAAGAGGCUCAGAAGGAACCGGAACCUGCUCCAAAGGACCCCGCAGGAUCUGUAGAUGAGCCUGGCCCAACUGAGCAAGGUCAAGUUCGGGAUGAGGCUUCGCUAUCUGGAUCUGGACCAGAGUCACCUAAAAGCCUAGACAAGAAGGUCGAGGAGAAGAAAGGCGGCGAGAGCUCGUAG